AUGGUGCCCCUGCUGCUGCUGCCCCUGCUGUGGAGGGGGUCCCUGCAGCAGCAACCAGGCUAUCAGUAUGAGCUCCGAGUGCAGGAAUCGGUGACGGUGCAUGAGGGUCUGUGUGUCCAUGUGCCCUGCUCCUUCUUUUACCCUUGGAGUUCAUGGUAUUCCCCUAGCAACCUCUACACCUCCUGGUACCGGCACAGGGAAAACCCAGCCUAUGAUUCUCCUGUGGCCUCAAACAACCCACGUAAACCAGUGAAGAGAGAGACCCAAGGCCGCUUCCUCCUCAGGGACCCCAGGACCAACGACUGUUCCCUGAGCAUCACAGACGCCAAGAGGAGUGACACAGGACGCUACUUCUUCCAAAUGGAGAUAGGAACUCAAGUGAGACGUAUUUACCAAGAUAAGAUGCUGGAUUUGCAGGUGACAGACAAACCCCACAUCCAGAUUCCGGAGCCGCUGGAGUCCGGCCGGCGCACACAGCUGGCCUGCAUCCUGCCAGGGGCCUGUGAAAGGGGACAGCAUUUUACCUUUUUCUGGGCGGGAGCCGCUGUGGACUCGCUGAACACCCAGACCCUCCACUCCUCGGUGCUCACCUUCACUCCGAGGCCCCGGGACCAUGGCACCAGCCUCACCUGUCAGGUCAAAGUCCAACAGCCUCUGUUGACCACACAGAGAACCAUCCGACUUGAUGUGUCCUAUGCCCCUCAGAACCUCACCAUAGGUGUCUCCUUCAGAAAUGACACAGCCCUCAAGUUUCUGCAAACCACAUCCCUUCCCAUCCUGGAGGGAGAGGCCCUGAGGUUGCUCUGUGUGGCUGACAGCUACCCCCCUGCCGAGCUGAGCUGGUUCCGGGGCUCCCCAGGCCUGAACGCCACCCCCAUCUCCAGCACCGCGAUCCUGGAGCUGCCUCGCGUGGGGCCUGCACAGGAAGGAGAGUUCACCUGCCAAGCUCGGCACCCGCUGGGCUCCCAAAGGGUCUCUCUCAGCCUCUCCGUGGUCUACCCCCCGCAGCUGCUGGGACCCUCCUGCUCCUGGGAGGACCAGGGUCUGCACUGCAGCUGCUCCUCCUGGGCACAGCCGGCCCCCUCCCUGCGCUGGCGGCUGGGGGCGGGGCUGUUGGAGGGGAGCCAUGGCAACGCCUCCCACGCGGUCAACUCCAGCUCAGAGGGGCCCUGGACCAACAGCUCCCUGAGCCUCCGCGUGGGACUCAGCUCUGACCUCAGACUCAGCUGCGAGGCCCGGAAUGUGCACGGGGCCCAGAGCGCCUCUGUCCUGCUGCUGCCAGGUCAGGGCCUGCUGGCGGCGGGAGUGGUUCCUGCGGCUCUCGGAGGUGCUGGUGCCAUGGCCCUGCUGUCCCUGUGUUUGUGUCUCAUCUCCUUUUGCAUAGUGAAAUCCCGCAGGAGGCAAGCAGCCGGGAGACCAAAGGUCACGAAUGAUGAAGACCCUGUCAUGGGCACAGGCACCUGGGGUUCCCAGGAAAAGCUAGGGCCAGACAGGCCUCCAGACCAAGUGCCCCCCACCAAGGAUGCCCCUCCCUCCGGGGAGCAACAAGAGCUCUACUACGCCAACCUCAGCUUUUAUGAGAUGAAGACACGGGAGCCUCAGAACCCGGAGGCCACCGGCAGCCCUGAGUACUCAGAGAUCAAGCGUGCAGGCAAAUGAGGACUCGCUCAGAGCAGUUUAAUUGACUUUUCAGGAGCAACCAUGGAAAGCAGAAGAAAGCAGAUACUAUCUUUAAAUGUCACUUUAUAAUUUAUACUCAGCAGAGAGAAUUCAAAAAUGAGGAAGUAAUACAGAUGUUUUGGUACAAAUAAAUGGGGAAAUUAUUGCCUGUAGAAUAAAAAUAUAGAUUUAAAUUCUCAACAGCAAUAACGGCUAAGCCCAAAGUAGCUGUGGUGGGGAAAAUGGAUUUUACAUUUCUUAAUAUGUACAUAUUACCUAGGAGGAGAGAGAAGUGUUCAUUUACUAAAACUUUGGUAAGUUAAUUAUGAUGCUGAAAUUUUUAUGGUAGUGACUGUACAUAAUAAAAUAAGAAUGUAUAAGUUACAAACUAGAACUAGUUUUAAAUAUAUAUAAUUUGUUUCAGAGAGGAAGGGAGAGGGAGAGAGAGAGACAGAAACAUCAAUGAUGAGAGAGAAUCAUCAUGACACAAACUGUCUUGCCCUGAAAUAGUGAGGAGAG